GUAAACUACUUAAUUCGUCAAAAACAGGAUGUUGCUAUAAGUGCCAAUUACACGGCCUCAAUAAAGCCGGAUCUUUGUAUUGUAAACAAAAGCGCACACAUUUAACUUGAUGAACAUUUACUUUGUUGUUCACUAAUUUUAGGAAAAAAGAUGCAAAUAAAGCUUUUUGUUGCCUUUUGGAUCUUGUAUGGUGUGAAUUGUUGGACGUAUUUUGAUGAAUUAAGAUGUAAAAGGGCAGGUCGUCUUGCGAACAGCAAUCAUGAAGGGACAGGAUCUAUCAGAGUGUAUACGUGUAAAGAACACCAUGUGAGCAAUAUCCCAGGACUAAGCAAAAUUCAGUUUCAAUGCAAGUUUGAGAGAAAACUUGGAAAGCAUGUUUGGAAAGCAACGGCAUCAAAGUUUGAGCCACAUGGGCAAAUAUAUUUACAUAACGUCACUUGUGAAUUGAAGAAAGAAUGCUUUGACCCGCCUGUCCCAGACAAAAUGGAAAGGGUGCAAACAGCUAGAUACCAGGUAGCUGUUUCCCAUAAACAGAUAGCAGAGGCACUUGACACCUUCUACAGUGGCGAUACUCUCAAAUAUAGAUGUGCAUAUGGGUAUAGCCUAAAGAGUGAAAAUGAUCUAUUUUCAUACGGCGACUACGGAGGUUAUGAUUACAACUAUGAUUCCUAUGAAACAACAGAGAGCACUACAGCUGCCUCUAGCAAAAAUGUAUCUAAGGAAAUAACAUGUGACUUGCAAGGUCGUUGGAAUGGCUCAGAAACUUACGAGUUGUAUUUCGGUGAAUGCAAAGAAACUGCUUGUGAUGCCACACGAUUUGAUGACAUAAAAAAUGGCAACAUAACGGACUAUAAAGAAUCUUAUGGAUUUCUUGAGGAAAUGAAGCUUGUUUGCGACGCGGGAUAUCGCCCAAAAGAUGGUAUAAAAUCGGUCGUGUGUACUUCAUCGUCAAGCUUUAGCGAAUAUGUGUUACCAAAAUUUGGCUGCGAACCAAUACAGUGUAUGGCACCUGCCAGCCCUCGCAACGGUCGACUAAGGCCAUCUGGGUUGUAUGUUGGCGACACAGCUACAUACGAGUGUGAAACAGGUUUUAGAUUGAUUGGAAAUAACAAAUGGACAUGCCAGCCUAACGGUAAUUGGGAUCAUGAGUGUGUAAUAUGUGCAAGCGACGAUUCAUAUUGUACGCCCCCUUGCGUUCCUCUCGAUGCUGAUAUAACGUCGAUUGGGGACACGUAUGAACAAGGCGCGGUUCUAGAGUUCACUUGCAAGUCUGGACAGUACUUUGGAGGAUCAAAGAACCGGACCUGUAUGAAAAAUAAGCAGUGGAGUGGAUCGCCAAUUGAUUGUAUAGGUACAUCACUGUUUGAUCCCAAUGUUGGUAUUGAAUUGCUAUCGGCAUUAAAACAAAUUCCUCAUGGGAACAAGACACACGACACAAAUAAGACAGAUGUUAUCCUGUCAAAGACUAUAAACGUUGGAGCAAGCAGCGGUGUUGAUGUGUACUUCCUGGUUGACAUAUCGAACAGCAUAACAGAUGACAAAUUCAACGCAACGAAACAAUUCUUGUCUGCUUUACUUCCAGAGCUUGGCAUAAAUAAUGCAGAGUCUGGUACUCGCCUUGCCCUUGCUUACUUCGCCGAGAAUACAUUUACAGUAUUCAACCAGCACAACAUUGGCGGGGACGAUGACCGUCUUUUUAAGUCGUUCGAAGAAGCACAGCAAGAAAUUGCUGCAUCUUCCUCAGAUAUUACAGAAAUACGAAAGAAAACAAAACUUGGGACUGCAAUAACUACCGCUCUUGAUAACAUCACCAUUGAUAUUGAAACUAAGACAGCAAUGUUUCAAAGAGGGGAGCCAAAUGUAAGACAAGCUCAGCAAGUGCUUAUUAUAAUCAGUGACGGCCAGUUCACGUCUAUGGGUGAUCCUUCUAGAGCAGCAAAUCAUUUGAAAGAGAAGUUAGAGGUUGAAAUCUAUUCUAUUGCUGUUGGUACACAAGAUGCAAACAAGCAUGGAUUUAGAGUGAUGGAAAAACUUGCGUCCCAUAUUGAGAACGAGCGGCACUUCUUUCAGAUUAAUGGUGACGACUCAGACUUGGCGGAGGUAACGAACCAGAUGAUAAAUACAGAGAAUUUGGACAUAUCUUGUGGAAUGACCAAACCACAAUUAACACUAAUAUCUGACAAUGAAGCAAGGUAUGAAGAAGAUGCAAAGAGAUACGCUUGGCCUUGGAUGGCAGAGCUAAGAACGGAGAAUAGCCAUGUAUGUGGAGGAUCCUUGAUUAAAGACAACUGGAUUUUAACAGCUGCACAUUGUUUCUCAGGAAAGAAAGUUUCCAAAGUUCAUUUGAGAAAGCUAGAACUAAACCAGAAUACUGAUUACGACGAUUAUAAUAUACAACAAAAGAACAUUUACAUACAUGAACAAUACCAAGAAGAUGUGCACCCAAAGAACCUGUAUGAUAUUGCUCUAGUCAAACUCGAAGAACAGAUAACUUUCACUCCAGAAGUGCUGCCUGUCUGCUUAUGGAACGAGGAAAUUAAAAAUGAAACUGUUAAUAUGGAGUACAAGGCGUUCUUUAAAAGUGAAGAACGUUACGGCGUUGUUACAGGCUGGGGAAAAGGCAAUACAAAAGAAGACUUGGCAGAUACGCUUAAACAAAUGCAAAUGGAAAUUAAAACCCACAACGCGUGUAUAGCAAACCUUAGGAAGGAUCAAAAGCAAGAUGUUGAUGGGAGUCUGAUGUUUUGUGCUGGAGGAAAAGAGACGAUCAAUGGUGAAGAUAAGAUAAUUGACUCGUGUGAAGGAGAUAGUGGUGGACCGUUUGUCGUCAGACAUCCUCUAAAUGAAAAUAAAUACAUUCAAAUUGGAAUCGUGUCAUUUGGUUUUGGUUGUAAAGAGGAGGGGAAGUUUGGAUUCUACACAAAACUUACAGAAGAACUGCUCACAUGGAUAGAUGAUACGAUUAAGAAUGCGGAACAGAAGAAGUAGUGAUCAAAUAAACUGUUCAUAUUUCGAUGUGAGACCCCUUUAGUCAAUGCGCAAAGCUUAAUGUUUAAAGGCUAACAAAACAAACACUGUUAUAAGUGUUCCAUUUGAACAAACAAAUCAGCUUUUAUUGACUUGAAACAAGAUGUCAAAUGUAUGAUUCUUAUUUUUGUUCAGAUUGUUCAGUGUAUAAGUUCAGCUGUAGAUACAUUAAUUUGCUUUUUUUUGUCAUAAUAAAUGAAAUACCGGACCUAUACGCUAAAAGUAUAUAACAAAACAGAUCCAAAUAAUUUAUAUAAAAUUCGUAUAUAUCUAACAAAGGAUGCUACAGAAAUACUUUUUUUAUUCACUUGUUCUUUCGCAUUUGGACUUUUGUAAUGUUAUACUGUAUGGUACAGCAGAAAGUGAAAUAAGCAAAAUACAAUGUACUCAACCUUAGGGAAUUUCACAGUUCUAAGCAAGUCCUUUACAACCACCUGCAUUGGUAACCGAUCAAAGACAGGAUCAGAUUCAAAUGAACCCCUUUCAUGUACAGCUGCUCUGUUGGAAAUGCACCAAUUUAUUUGACUCAUCUUUUAUCUCCAUAUUAUCCUAACAAGACAAGUUUGAGAUCUUCGGGUACUACAGAGGGGUGCUAUGUUUUUCCAUUCAACAAAAGGAAGUGUGUUUUUUCUGACAGAAGUUUUAGUACUGUACGUCCGAAACUGUGGAAUGAUAUAUCUUUAAGUAUUAGGCAGUCUAAAUCCUUAGAAGUCUGUAAGAAGAAUCUGAAAACAUUAUAUGUUAGAGAUUUUUAUAUAUAUUGUUUUAGGACACAACGUUCAGGUAUUGUGGUUUGCUUUAUGUCAGUUAUGUUUUUGUUGUUUUCCUUAAAUGUGAAUCUGGAUUUAUGUACAUAUUUUUAGUAAUAUGAAUAUUUUCAUAAGCUCGCCUGAGAACGAAGUGCUCGUGAUGAGCUAUUGUGAUCAUUAACUGCCCGUCGUCCGUCUGUCCGUCCGUCUACACUUAUCUUCAAACAUUUUUGUGGAAAUUAUUGCAACUUUGCCAGGAUGUUCCUUAGGGAGUCUUUUUCCAACAUUUUUCAAACGGUACCACAAAGGGGCCGUCAGUGCUAACAAUAGAGAUAUCUUCAAAAGACAUCUUCUCCUAAACCGCUUAUCCGAUUUUAAAAUUUCACACAAAUGGUCCUUUAUGGACCCUCUACCCAGUUUGUUCAAAUUAUUCCGAUUCGUCAAAAACAUGGCCACCAGGGGACGUAAUCAAUUUUCCCUUUUUGUAUAUAGGGGAAACUUCAAAAAAUUUCUUGUAUGGAACUGCUGGUCCAAUUUUAAAAUAAUUCACACAAAUGGUCAUUGUGUGACCCUCUACCAAGAUUGUUGAUAAAACAAUUCCGAUUCAUAUAAAAGAACAUGGCCUACAGGGGACAAGGUCACUUUUCCCAAUAUGUAAUUUGUUGAAAUUUUAAAAGUCUUCUUGUAUGAAACUGCUAGCCAGAUUUUGAAAUAUUUUACACAAAUGGUCCUUGUAUGGCUCUCUUCCAAGGUUGUUCAAAUCAUUCGUAAAGAACAUAGCCGCCAGAGGGCGUGGUCACUUUUCCCUAUAUGUAUAUAGUAGAAACUUUAAAAUUCUUCUUGAAUGAAAGUGCUGGCAAGAUGUUAUUAUAAUAAGUUCACACAAAUUGUCCUUGUGUGAUCCGCUACCAAGAUUGUUCGAAUAAUUCAGAUGUAUCAAAAAACAUGGCUGCCAGGGGGCGUGGUCACUUUUCCCUAUAUGUAUUUAGUGGAAACUAAUUCUUGUCUGAAAUAGCAGGCCCAAUCUUAAAAUAAUUUGACACAAAUGUUCCUUGGGUGAACAUUUACGAAAAUUUUUCAAAAUAUUCAGAUUCGUAAAAGAACAUGGCUGCCAAGGGGCGUUGUCUUUUUUCCCUAUAUUUAUAUAACGAAAUCUUCUUGUCAGAAACUGAUGGCCUAAUUGAAAAAAAUAAAUUUUGAAACUUUCAAAAUAUUCUUAUUUGACAUUGUCUUUUAGUAUUCUUAUGUCAUCAUUCCCAACAUUUUAUCCCCCAUUUUCUAACACAUACACACGCACGAGCGCACACAGGCACGCACGCACGUACGCCCACACGAACGAACGCACGCACGCACACACACACACUUUACCCGCACUUAAUUGUUUAGUAGAAACUUUUAUGAUGUUCUUGUAAGAAAACACUGGCACUAAUUCAAAAUAAUUUCACUGACAAUUUUCCAUGUAUAACCAUCUACCAAAAAUGUUCAAGCAAGUGGUGUUACUCAUGUGAGCGAUCUAGGGCCAUCAUGACCCUCUUGCAUCAUAUGGUUAUGAGAAUGUAUCUUAAUGCCAUGCUUUGGUUUUAAAACGUGCUGUACAAUAUCAUUGAAUAUUAUAUACCCUUCUCAAGUGCGCUCAUUUGAUUGGUCGAAAUAAGUGCACGCGCGGGUCCGCAAAAAGCGGUAUUGACCCGCAAGAGUGAUAAUGACUCUUGUGAUAUCACAUUUUCUUAUAUUUGAAAAAUAAGAGCCAGUCAAAUGAAUGCAUUUGAAAAGGGCAUAUAAUAUAACAAUUACAGACUUAUGUUUCGGUCAAUAGGUGUUUUUAUGGACCUGUAAAAAUGAUAUUGACCGAGGACUGCAUCCUCGGUCAAUAUCAUGUUUUGCAGGUCCAUAAAAACACAUAUUGAUCGAAACAUAAGUCAAUAACUGUAUAAUAUAUACUUGUAUAAAAUGGCUGUUUAAUCAAAUAAAAGUGUUUCAGUUUCA